AAGACCCAUGACCCUAGUCAUUCGGAUUUCUUAUAGUCGUCUCCAACGAACGGAUGAAGAACGGAAAAAACAUCCUAGAACAUUUGACAGAUCAAUCGGAACAGCUUCGUUCCUCUUCUUAGCAAACCCGACAAACGAAAAGGUCCCUCUUUUGGAUCGUUGGGAUGCGAAAUCUCCGCAUUCCUAGGGUUCCCCGAUCAGUGUCUUGAUCGAAGUCGAGAGCCUCGCUCAUCGUCUUCCUCUGUACAGUCAAUUCGCUGAAACAAUUUUGACUUCAUCAAUACGCAUUGGUCGCGUAGUUCGAUUUUGAUUUAUGGGGAAUUUGUUUGUGAAGAAGCCUAAGGUCACCGACGUCGAUAAGGCUAUUCUAUCUCUCAAGACCCAGAGGCGCAAGCUCGGCCUGUAUCAGCAACAGCUUGAGGCUGUUAUUGAAGCUGAAAAGCAAGCUGCUCGGGAUCUGAUCAAAGAAAAGAGGAAAGAAAGGGCAUUGUUGGCACUGAAGAAGAAAAAGGCACAGGAAGAUUUAUUGAAACAAGUAGACGCAUGGGUUCUUAAUGUUGAGCAACAGUUGGCAGAUAUCGAACUCGCAAGCAAGCAGAGGGCUGUCUUUGAGAGCCUAAGGUCAGGGACUGAAGCAAUCAAAGCAAUUCAAAGCGAAAUCAACUUAGAUGAUGUGCAAAAGCUAAUGGAUGACUCUGCUGAAGCAAAAGCUUAUCAAGAUGAAAUUAAUGCAAUCUUGGGAGAGAAAUUAUCAGCAGAAGAUGAAGAGGAGAUUCUUGCAGAAUUUGAGACUUUGGAAUCACAGAUUGCUAUCCAAGAUAUGCCUGAAGUUCCUACGACAGUUCCAACUCCUGAUGUAGUCGAAGAGACACUUGACCUUCCUGAGGUGCCAAAGAAAGCACCUGUGGCUGCCAAUGCUGAGGUAGAUGAUGCCGAAAUUGCCUCAAAAAGAAAGGUUUUGGAGGAACCGCUGCCUGCUUGAAUUCAGCUUGAAACAAUAUUACCAUCUGCUGAUUCCUGGUGUGCCUAUUGACUAUUCCUGUUGCCUAUACUGCAUACUUUGUAUGUUAUCAGACAGCAAUUCGAUUGGAUUUUCUCAUUUAUGUAAAUCUUAGUUCGUCUUAUAAUGGGAAUAUACAGAAAUUUUUUGGCCAUGCGACUAACAUACGCUCUUUCAACUCUUGGUGCUGCUGGAUUUCUCAUGUCUCUUAGCUUCUCCUCUGUCCCUUGUUCGGCUUUCCAAGAAUGCCCAAGUUAGAACUACAGUUAUGAUUUUGAUCGCCAUGUGAAAGGAAAAUAAUUACAGUGCAGAUGUUUGUAUUCU